AUGGAGAAGCUGUUUGUGUUGGUUCUUGUCCUCACUCUGCUGGUCUUCUUCUCAGAAGCCUCCCCGAUUCUGACAGAAAAGCAAGCCAAACAGCUCUUGAGGUCCCGGCGACAGGACAGACCCAGCAAACCUGGAUUCCCGGAUGAGCCCAUUCGGGAAUAUGUGCAUCACCUGCUGGCCCUGGAGCACAGUGCUGAGGAGCAGUUUCUGGAACACUGGCUGAAUCCCCACUGCAAGCCUCACUGUGACAGGAACCUGGUCCACCCCGUGUAAAGGGCCCGGGUUGGCUCGCAGGUGGACAGGCAGUGAUCCAGAGACUGCUGGGACAGAGAGAAGCUCAUCUUCUAUUUGCUCUGAAGCUGCAGAAAUGAGAUCUUCUGAUCUCAGGAACUUGCCAUCCUUUGUGGGCAGGCCAGAGUUGCCUUCAAGGGAAACGACAAAUAUAUAUUCUGCUCCAUUUUACUAACCUGCUCACAUCAUGAAAACUAACAGCUUGAAUCACAGGGCUCCUGAAGGCCUUCCUCCCAGUUUGUGAGUCUAGGCAGAGCCCAAGUCC